UGGACAGACAGCAUCUGUCCGGAGAACGGAGUCCACGCCGACCAAUUAGUUUGAUACCUCAGUUCUAAUCAUAGUAAUUGGCUGGUUCCUGGAUAACAGCUUGGGUGCAAGAAUCGACCUCCCAAGUCAAUUCAACUUGACAAGCCUCUCCAGCAACUCCUUCCCGCUUCCUUCUGCGGCUUAACCCGCAUCCGCAUCGUGAUAAUUAGGGCAUUGCCAUGGCUGAGGCCCCAGCUGUGCCCAUGGGCGGUGCGGGUCUCCGUGAGAGGAAAAUACAAGCUUCCCGGACCCAGGAACCUUCACCACCCCCGGACUCUUUGAUGAGCAAAAUGCGGACAGACGAGUCAAGUAAGAUAGAAUCGGAAAAUAAAACAUUCGGGAGGACGCCGGAUGGCACUGUAUUUACGGUACCUCAUACUCGUGAUAUGGUCUCUCAAUUGCUCUCGCCAUCAGAACCGAAGAAUCUAUCCGAUAUUCUUGUCCUCACAAUAUUGGCUCUUCAUAUCUUAUUGCUUCGGUCCCUACCAGCGUCAAUACGCAUACCGGUUUUUGCAGUUAUCUUCCUAUCCUGGAGAGCGGCCUAUAAUAUCGGAAUAGGAUGGUUAUUACAUAUGCAAUCGAAUCACCGGACCCUUGUACUUUGGGCGCGGAAACUACGAUUGUUCGUUGAUCCAGCAACUGGACAAAACCCACACCCCCUUCUAUAUCGCUUUAUCAAACGAGAGCUUGAAACUAAAAUCCCCGAGCACUACACCUUUGAAAGUGCUCCCAUUGAAUAUAAUACGUGGUUGGUUUUUAGGCGGGUGGUAGAUUUGAUCCUGAUGUGCGACUUCACUUCCUACUGCCUGUUUGCCGUUGCUUGCGGAAGUCGUCCGAUUGGAGAAGGCCUGUUUGUUAUGAUGCUCCGGUGGCUUGCGGGGACGAGUCUGGUCUUGUUCAAUCUUUGGGUUAAGCUAGACGCGCAUCGCGUGGUCAAAGACUUCGCUUGGUACUGGGGCGACUUUUUCUAUCUUAUCGAUCAGGACUUGACUUUUGAUGGCGUUUUCGAGAUGGCACCACACCCGAUGUAUUCGGUUGGGUACGCUGGAUACUACGGAAUUUCGUUGAUGGCCGCGAGCUAUAAAGUCCUCUUUAUUUCGAUUCUCGCGCAUGCCGCCCAAUUUGCUUUUCUCGUGCUUGUUGAAAACCCGCAUAUCGAAAAGACAUAUAAUGCACCUCCUCCAAGAAAGCGAGUGGUUGAUCAUGACACAGCUCUACAUGAAGACGUCGGUUCUCGUUCCAACUCUUUUAACAGCGACACCACUCCUCCACUUCCCGUCCCGUCCACCACUCAGCCUCGAUCAACCCAUGCCCUUGUUGGCAGCAUGGACGUCCACCGGGUUACAGAUGUAUCCGUACUUUUGAUUCACCUGCUCUUCUUCGCCCUGACAAUCAUCACACCCUCAACUCCAGCAUACCAGUUUUUUUUUGUUUUGAACGCAGCCGUCUGGAGGAUAUGGUACUCCGCUGGAAUUGGGUACAUAUUGGAUCGUCAAUCGACACGGAAAUCUUGGACACGUCACUUUGUCAAAUUUGGAGAAGGCCAGGAUGAGGCAUGGAGACAAUGGAAAGGCAUCUAUCAUCUAAGCAUGACGACUUGCUACGCCAGUUUUAUUGCCGCAGCGUGGAAGAUGUAUACGUUACCACAGGACUGGGGUUAUGGCUUGGCGAUCUUGAGACACGUCCUCGGCGCUAGCUUGAUUGCCUUGCAAAUAUGGACGUCCAUGAGCAUAUACGAGUCUCUGGGAGAGUUUGGCUGGUUUUUUGGGGACUUUUUCUAUGAUGAAUCCCCUAAAUUGACUUACAGCGGCAUUUACCGAUUCUUAAAUAACCCCGAACGUGUUCUCGGUCUGGCGGGUGUGUGGGGCGCCGUUUUGAUAACAAAUAGUAGGGCAAUGAUUUUCCUUGCACUCCUGAGCCAUACGCUAAGCAUCGCAUUCAUUCAAUUGGUCGAACGUCCGCAUAUGCAAAAACUCUAUGGACGAAGUUUGCGACGUGAUGCUGGGUUGGUCAAGAGUAUCAAACGGUCUUUACCGAAUUCUUUGAAGCAAUUUCAGGGUAGCGUUGACAAGAUUCUCGACGAAUCCAUCGAGUUCGUUGAAGAGGUCAUCGACACCGCUCGACCCAAACUUGCUGCUGGUGUGAACACCUUUGUGAAGGAUACCACGGCACUUCUCCACAAAUACCCAGCUCGGAUUACGAUUACACGUCUGGAACCAGAUCUUGCUGGCUAUGAGAUGAAGGACUACUCUCUGACUGUUGAGGGCACACAGCUGGCUCAGUUUGAUAAGUCAACCGAUGCAACAAACAACAAAUCUCGGAAUUCUAGACGCAGUGAGGACCUAGUUCUUGAAUAUGGUGCGCCGAUCAAAGUGAAGUGGACUGCUCCUUUGAACCAUAGCAAAAAGGACUGGAUCGGGUUGUAUAUGGUUACCCAUAACUCCUCUCGCGAGAUUACAAAGGUCUCAUCCCAGGGUCGGUGGAUCGCUACUAACGAAGGCGCUUUCGAUUCCUUAACCAGUGAAGUUGGGCUCAAAAGCAGCGACGUCAUUAUCAAAUAUACGGGAAAUGACAAUGAUAAAACUCGAGAGGUUGCCUCAGGAGAAAUUAUUUUCUCUGGGGAGAAGCUAUGGUGGAAUCAAGGAGUGUUUGAAUUCAGAUAUCAUCACAACGGAAAGCACAAUGUCAUGGCGAUAUCCCGACCAUUCGAAAUCCGCAUCGCAAAAUUCGAUGAGAAUGAGAUUCCACUGGACAAUUAUGCCGUUGUAAGGCCAGCAAUUGAAGGGGCACUACUACCAAUCAUCCAGAAUUGUUUGGAUCGGGAUCCGGACAUAGCGCCGCAGAAUGCCGAGGAAGCUUUUGGGUCUCAAGUCGAUCGGGAUAGCAAAUACACAAAGAGGGUGGUUUUUGCUGUCCAGCACAUGUUUGGUAUCGAGUUUGCGCCUGAGGUUGUGAGCGCGGAUGGUAAUGUUCGGAAUUUGGCCUGGAGAAUAUGCAAUGCGAAAAAGGUUCUUGCACCGUAUAGCAUGUCCCGCGCAAGCGGCGCGACCACUCCAGUCCAGGAGGACUAGCUAACCUUGCCAUUCGUGUAUAUUUUCUCAUACGCUUUCAUCCGACGGUCCGAACCCUCGAGGUGCUCGCCUCAAAGCAGUCAUUACCGUCUACUAUACCUCUGCCCGUGGAAUCCUUUGCUAAAAAUCUAAUAUUAGGUGACCACCUCCUUUAGAGAAAUGGUUUGAAAAUAUUCAAUCCUUAAUAAUGUUUUAUGUUGCAUUCGCUUCUGGGUGAAUUUACGACAUUAUGGAACAAAAACUAAAAAUUAUUUGCAGGGCUUGUUCUCCCACAUUGUUUUGGAUUACUAGGUUAUAGGCAUACAGGAGUGGAAUGUGUUGAGUUCGUAUGAUUAACGGAUAUGGGGAUGUCUGUCUCAUGGUUAGAGGAAAAGAGACUCAUGCAAGUCGAUUCUUAUUUGAAUUGGCUAUUUACACUUGAUAUUCUGUAUAAAUUUUACAUGGAUAUGAUUAGGGUAAAUAAUAUAAUAGUUGAAUGAACUACCAAAUUGCCUUAGAAAC